AUGCCAUCCCACGAACAAGAGAAGAACGAUGCAAGAGUAGAAGAAGAGCAGAAGAGCAAAAUAGACCAAAAGAAGGACAUACUGUCGCUCCAGGAAAGAGUGAAGCUGCUGGAAGACCAGAUAAAACAAAAGAGCGAAGAGCUUUCGAAAGUUUCAGAGCUGGUGGAGAAGCUGAAAAUCAUAAACACGCUCCUACACAAAGAAGUGUGCAGAGAGUACAAAACACUGGGCAUCCCCGUGGAAGCAGAAUAA